UAUUCAUCCCCACUUAACAUGUCAAUCAGGAUUAAUGCCCACACAAACCUCCCCUUUAGGUUCACCCAGGUCCUUUCACUAGUGGAAAUAGCGCAGCCAGGGCAGAGGCGGUGAUAUAUAAGGCAGAACAGGACAGGACAGGAACACAACACACACACACCACCAAAGCCCAGCGGUUUCAGUAGCGCACACCAGCGGAGCGUCGCCUGGACUUGUGUUUCACGUCUCUGCGUCUGUAGCAGCGCCUGACAGGCGUAAUGACUGAUCACUCACUCAUUUCGAGAGCGUGAUGCAUGUCGACUAUCAUGUCAGAGCUGCUUGACGUCUGCCUUUCUACAGUUUUUUCGCCUGUGGAUUACUCAUGCAACACUUUGUGAGGCUGCACAUGAGAUUGUUUGCAUGCGGACAAACUUGCAGGAGCUCAUAAGUCGCUGUUCCUGGAGGAGAUCAGUCGUGCGCGUAAAACUUGCAGCGUAAACAUUAAUCGGCUACCCGUGAGCACUUCUCGAGAUGGAUUUGAAGAGCGCGUGUCGUAUGUGUCUUUUCCCGGUUCAAAUGCUCUAUUAUAUAGUCAGGGCAAGUUUGUUUUCGCUGUUGCCAAGCAGAAGGAAGGACCUGACCAAGGAGGUGGUAUUGAUCACCGGUGGAGGAAGAGGCAUCGGGCGUCACCUGGCGAAAGAGUUCGCCAAGCAGGGGGCCAGGAAGGUGAUCUUGUGGGGCCGAACAGAAAAGUGCCUCAAAGAAACAGCAGAAGAAAUCUCUCUCUCAGGAACAGAGUGCCAUUACUUCCUGUGUGAUGUGGCCAAUCGGGAGGAAGUUUACAAGCAAGCCAAGGUGGUUAGAGAAAAGGUGGGAGAUGUGACGAUAUUAGUGAACAACGCGGCUGUCGUUCAUGGCAAAAGUCUGAUGGACAGCGACGACGACGCCCUUCUGAAAUCCCAACACAUCAACACCAUGGGACAGUUCUGGACUACAAAGGCCUUCCUGCCUCGGAUGCUGGAGCUGCAGCACGGCCACGUAGUGUGCAUAAACUCCAUCCUGUCCCAGUCUCCCAUCCCUGGGGCCAUAGACUACUGCACCUCAAAGGCCUCGUCGCUGGCCUUCAUGGAGAGUCUGACGCUGGGCCUGCUGGAUUGUCCCGGUGUUGGCUGCACCACCGUGCUCCCCUUCCACACCAACACAGAGAUGUUCCAGGGCAUGAGAGUCAGGUUUCCUCAGCUCUUCCCACCUCUCAAACCCGAGGUCGUUGCCCAGAGGACUGUGGAUGCAGUCAGAGCUGACAAGGCCUUCCUCUACCUGCCCUGGACUAUGCAUGCCCUCGUCAUUUUAAAAAGCUUCAUGCCACAAGUUGCACUUGAAGAAAUCCACAAGUUUUCUGGGAGUUAUACCUGCAUGAACACGUUCAAAGGGAGGACAUGAACCCGGGUUGCACACAAUGUGAGAGAGACCUCAACAGCUCUGGGGUGUAAUGAAGGGAAUAUGGACCUUAAGGCAUCUGGAAGUGGAGGCAGCCCUGUGAUAGUGUGAAGACAAAUACUUAGGGGACAUGCAAGGCAGUUGCUCCUGCAGGUAGAAUUAAUGAUAAACUGCAGGACACACCCUGAUCCCAUUUGUACGUGUGUGUGUGCCUAUGUGUAUAGUAUGAAGGACUGAAUGCCAUUCUCACUUUGAACUGAAGCCAUGCAUAGGUCUGUACCAGUAGUUAUUCUGGGAGGUUUUAUUUUUUUGUGACACUUGUUUUAGCCUGUUUUUACACUUCUUUUUUUUAUUCUCCUUUUAAUGUGUCUUUAAAUCAAAACAAGAUAAUAAAAUGGAGUUUUAGAGAU